CAGCAAACAAGUGGAUCUAAGGAUUUUACUCAACAAAUUUCUGGAAAGAUUGAAUUUGAUCAAGAUUCACAACAAUCUUAUCAAUCUUGGAAACCUAGUAAUAUCAAUCAACAAUUAAAUAAUUUUGCUUGGCAAACAAGUGGAUCUGAUGAUCUUACACAACAAACUUUUGGAAAGAUUGAAUUUGGUCAAGAGUUGCAACAAUCUGGAAAACCCAAUAAUGCUAAUCAACAAUUAAAUGAUUAUAUUCAGCAAUCAAGUGAAAUUGAUGAUCUUACACAACAAACUUCUGGAAAGCUUGAAUUUGGUAAAAAUUCAGAACAAUCCCAUCAAUCUUGGAAACAAAAUGAUGAUAAUAAUAACAAACAAGAUUAUACCCAGCAAACAGAUAAUUUUGAUGAUCUUAGUCAAUAUAUCUCUAAAAAUCUUGAGCUUGAUCAACAAUCUUAUCAAUCUUGGAAAACAAAUAAUGCCGAUCAACAAUUAAUUCAUCUUACCCAGCAAAAAGAUGGAUCUGAAAAUCUUACUGAACAAAUCUCUGGAAAACUUGAAUUUGGUCAAGAUUCACAACAAAUAUAUCAACCAUGGACCAAUAAUACCAAUCAAAAAUUUGAUGAUCUUAUUGAGCAAACAAGUGAAUCUGAGAAUCUUACUGAACAAAUCUCUGGCAAACUUGAAUUUGAUCAAAAUUUACAAGCAUAUCAACCAUGGGAAUCAAAUAAUACUAAUCAACAAUUAGUCCAUCAUAUUCAUCAAACAAGUGAAUCUAAGGACCUUACUCAACAAAUCCCUGGAAAGUUUGAAUUUGGGCAAGAUUCACAACAAACAUAUAAACCAUGGGAAUCAAGUAAUGUAGAUCAACAAUUAGUUCAUCUUACUCAAACAAAUGGAUCUGAGGAUCUUACUCAACAAUCUGAGAAAUUUGAAUUUGG